ACCGAGGCUAUUAAUUACAAAGAAAUACAUAUUGUCCUCUUUCUCUUUUUCCUCUUUCCUCAGCUCUCUCUUGCUGACGCUGCCAUCAACCCCCACUCCUCCACAACUCGGUUGGACGCUGCAGUCAGAACUGAGGAAAACUGCUGCUGAAGUGAAUGAACAUGGCAAGAGGAGAAAUCGUGGUUCUUUUUCUGUCUUUACUGUUUGAGUCCUCAUUAACUCAGAAACAAUGUGAAAAGGAGACAGACUGCCCCAAAGAGAACCAGGCUGUUUUCAGUACCUCUACAACAGAAAUCCCACGCAUCCUAAAACCAGGUGUGACAGAAGUUUUCUUUGUGGAAAGCCAGAUUGACACAAUCCCCAAAGCAGCCUUUGUUGAAAACCCCCAUCUUGAAAAGGUGGAGUUCAUGAGCACUACCACGACAUCUAUCGAGCCAGGAGCUUUUGAAGGUUUGGUAGACCUCAAGCAUAUUGAGAUCUCCAGCACUCCAUUAAAGUCGAUACCAGUGGGAGUCUUUAAAGACCUCAACAACCUGGAGAAGCUUGUAAUAAAGCUUAACAAGCUCCGUAGUCUGGAGAAAGGCUUGUUUGAGGGCCUUACAAAAUUACGAGAGCUCCUUUUACACAUGAACGAGAUAGAAUCGAUUGAAGAUGGGACUUUUGAUGAACUCAACAACCUCACAGUGCUCCAUUUGGCUAAAAACAACCUCUCCGCUGUAUCUACCAGCUGGUUCUCAAACCUAAACAAACUACAGACGCUACGGCUUUAUGAGAAUCAACUGACCACCAUUCCUGAAGAGAUUUUGCAGAAUCUGCCAAACCUAAAGGAAAUUGGCUUGCAGGGAAACAAAAUAGCAGAAUUGUCACCUAAUCUAUUUCCACAUAAAGACCAACUAAGUAAGGUGUACCUGGAUAAUAAUCAUCUGACUAGUUUACCUGAAGGAUUCUUCGUUGGCUUCCCUCUGCUUAAAACGCUGACCCUACAGAAGAAUAAACUGACGAGUCUACCACCUGUGCUUUUUGGAGAAAUGCCUAAAUUGACAGAGUUAAGCCUGAGUCAGAACAAUCUCAGCGCUCUUCCUAAAGGAAUAUUCAGCCCUCUGAAGAAAGUCAAGAAGUUAGAUCUGUCUAAGAAUCAAUUUGUCACCUUUUAUGCUGAGAACUUUGAAGGUCCUGAGAGGCUCACAGACCUGAAUCUACAGUACAACAAGAUAAAGUCACUGGACGUAGAUGUGUUUGAAAAGCUACAAUCACUGAUCACACUCAAGCUAGCUCACAACGACCUCCAGACGCUUCCUGGGGAUAUUUUUGAGCCUUUAACAAAACUGAGAAAACUUUACCUCAAUGACAACCCUUGGCACUGUGACUGUAAUCUGAUAGAGCUUCACCUCUGGAUGAAGACGAACUCUGACAAGCUUGUGUCUCCUGCUGUCUGUGAGUAUCCAGAAGAUCUAAAAGGACAAGAAAUAAAAUCAUUACCAGAAGAUCAACUUAUCUGCCCCACCCUUCCCCCCACAAUCACAACCAUCACCACCACCACAACUCCCAAAGCACUCCUAACUACAGAACCAAAAACCACCAUCAUUACUACCACAACACCAGCAACCACUUUGUCAGCUACAACAAACACCUGUCUUAACCAUGCCACUAGCAACAACCAUUACAAAGGCACCAACAAAUACUAUAACAACAGCUCUAGCCACCAUGACCCCCACCACAACACCAACACCCACAACAACUUUAACAAGUACACCCACCACAACCACUUUGAGUAUGCCCACAACCAUUACGACUACGUCUACAACAAUUAUGCAUACAACCAUUCCAAAGGCACCAACAAACACCAUAACAAAAACUCCAGCCACCAUGACCACCACCUCAACACCAACACCCACAACAACUUUAACCACCAACACCACUUCGAGUACAACCACAACCAUUACGACUAUGCAUACAACAAUUAUGCCCACGACCACCAGCUUCAGCACCCAACCGACCACCACCAAGGUACCAGUGCUGGACUGGGUGAAAAUAAGCCAAAGUGUGGAGGAGAGGGACCGGGUAAAGAAGCCUGACCUCCGGGGAAGGCCUUUCUCCUCUCCCUGCAGUGAGGGACAAUCUUCACUCCACCCCCUUCCUCAGCUGAUUGUCUGCCCCCCCUCCCUCCCUCAGCU